UAUGUGUGAUAAAGGGAGCGAUGGAAAGAGGAGAACUGCUACUAAACUAUACUAUUUAAAAGAUGUGAAAAGAAGGGGAAAUUCAGAAUUUGAUCAUCCUUAUACACAAUUUGAGAAAGAUGUUACAAUAAAUCAUCUACUUGAAACACCAGCUGAGAAUUCAAAGAAAAAUCCUAUUCAAGUUGAUAAACAUGACGAGAAUCAAGGAUUAUAUAGUGAUCAAGAAACUUCGCCACUGAUGUCAUGUGAUACUGAUGAGCCUAUACACAGUGUUGAUAUUAUGAAAAUUUGGUUGGAAUAUACACAAGACGAAGGUAGCUUAUGUGGUGAAAAUUUAGAGAGAUUCCUUAAUGAUUAUGCAGAAUAUUGUGAUCAUGCAAACAGUUAUGGACAGAGUUUACAAUUUCAAGUGAAAACAUUGAAAAUAUAUACAAAGUUAGAGACAAAAAGUUUAAAUCUACAGGCUUUUUAUACAAUGUUUAAUACUGAAAGAAAUUUCCUUACCAAUUUCAAGAUGGAAUUAAACGAUAAAUUGAGCGAUAGCGAAAUAAAUAGCAUUUUUAAUCACUACGAUAAGGAUAGAAAUCAAUCUCUGGAUAAUGAAGAGUUUUUAGCCUUCAUUCGUGAUUUAUCAAAGCAUUUACACUACCCCGACUUUGGAGGGAAUCAAUUAAAAGACUACGUCAAGACUUUACUAUCGUCAUUCAAAUCAUCUGGGUUUACCAAAGAAAACUUAAGAAAAUUCUUAAACGGAUCGUGA